AUGGACAGCAGCAGCAGUGAGUCGACAACUGAAUUCCGAACGCUCGAGUUUCUCUUUGAGGCGCAGAAAGUGCUCACCACCAAAACCUUGUCCUCGUCUUCAUCCUCAUCCUCUGACCAACUGACCACCGGUCGCCAGCACAUUGCCGCCUACCUGCGCUGGCACCUGAACAGCCGUCUGGAGCAGUGCGAAGAGGCCGCCGGCAUCGGUUCUUCGCUGCUUAAAAAUAAAACCGGCUCCAAGGAGAAACGCCGGGACCUGAACGAGCUGUGCGCCAACUGCCACAGCCGCCUGGGCCACUUCAAGGUAGUUCCCAAGAAGCUGAGUUCCGCUCGGAAAAGACACCAGAAAAAGGGGCGAAACUUUGAGGCGAACCUGCUGAACGCCCGUUGCGAUCACUGCCGCUCGCGAUUUCAAUUUACCGGCCUCAAGAAGGAGCCCCGAAAUAACAUUGUCACCAUUUCGAAAAAGCGGAAGAGCAGUGUCGUCAUCAAAAGCAACAACAGCAGCAAUAGCAGCUUCGACAACAGCUCAGCUCGCCGCAGCAGCUUGCCGGCGGUAGCAAAUAGAAACGCUAGCUCAGCCUCGAGAACAUCGACGAAGCCUGCGAAUCGGAAAAGCACCGCCAAAGGUACCAGCACGCCCACCACUGCUGCAUCAAGUCACAAGGAGGCGCUGCAACGGAUGCUCAGCGACUCGAAGAAGCAGCGAAGCUUGGACAGCAAAACGCGCCUCUCUGACUUUCUCAGCAGUUGCUUCAACUGA